UGUUCUUAGUGCGCCGCCCGCCCUUCCGCCUGAGCUCCACACAUGAGACGCGAAGAAAAGGAAAGUGGCGUUGAUGAUCAUUGCGGUCUAACUAAGCACUGUCUGAGAAAUGGCGGCACAGAUUUCGGAAUCUGAUCAAAUCAAGCAGUUUAAAGAAUUUCUGGGAACAUACAACAAACUGACAGAGACCUGCUUCAUGGACUGCGUGAAGGACUUCACAACAAGGGAGGUGAAGCAAGAAGAGAUGACGUGUUCAGAAAGCUGCCUGCAGAAGUACCUGAAGAUGACACAGAGGAUAUCCAUGCGCUUCCAAGAGUAUCACAUCCAACAGAACGAGGCUCUCGCCGCCAAAGCAGGCCUUCUAGGUCAGCCUCGCUGAUGACUGGCCAGGGACGCUCAGAGCUUUCUGAUGAAUCCUUGCACCUGGAUGCACCGUUUCUCAUGAAGCGUCAGGCCCAAUGGGCCAGAGUGGCCACACAAAAGAACAAUGCAGCGACACGGCUGGACUGCAUUUUAGGGCCCAUUUGUGCAAGUCUCAUAUGAAAAGCUGACCGGUACUCGAUGGAUGAAGCGAGGCCAAAGUGUUUACUUCUAAAGGACCACUGUCUUCAAGGUUUCCAAAAUGUUUCAUGAUUUACAAAAAAAUUAAAAUGAACACUGCAGUGAGAGGUUUUAAAAUAAAAAUCUUUUCACCUCA